AUGAAAAAAAAGGUUCGCUCGACGGAAGACACUAUGAGCCAGCCGAAUAAUGCAUUUUUACCGUCCAGCAUGGACAAGUCGGAUCUGCUGUUGGAUACUGAGUUGUGUGCUGCCUUGGGAAUCUAUCCAGAUUCCGGCUGUUGCAUACGACAUCCCACCAUUCACAUCAUUAGCAAAGACGAGACAAGUGAAAAGAUUGUUCGGCCGUGCCCCGUUUGCGAGUCGGAAUUUCUAUCAGGAGGAUUACGCCAACGGAGAUCCUUUGCGUUUGCGAUUAUGCAGGUUCAGAAACUACACAAUAACGAAGCAGGAUGGAUUGAAUUCAAAAAGAAUUGGGAUCAUGGAUCUAUGAUAUCCAUGAAGUCUUCCGAAACCAAGGAUGACGAUUCCCGGAAUAUUGAGUUUCAGGCCGAUGCGGAGCACACAGAUACACCGCGGAGACUAGAUUUGUAUUCACCAUCCAGUAUAUUACGGCGGACGAAUGUGCAUCAGGUAGCCUGGAAGGAAUAUACUUGGCAAGUUGUCUUAAGGACGACUCAGGUUCAGGAAUGGUCCAUGGCGGAGAAAGACAAGGAAAUUGAACUCUUGAAAGCCAAAUUGGAUUCUUUAUUGACGGUGGCGCAUACUGAUUCGCUCGUAGAAAUGCAAUCAUCCGUGGCUCCUUCUGCAUCCGAAGAUACUGCUAGUCUUCAAGAAAACAAUCCAACUUAUAAACAAACAGCAGUCGAAGAGGCACCACCUCGAUUGCCUCAUCGAAUGUCUUCUAGCCGAUUUUCGGCAAAUCACAAAGAGACGGUGCGCCGAUUUGCGACGAAUGCAACUAAAGAAGUUACUGAAGAUGAUAGGGACCAUUCCAGUUCCAGCUUUAUCGACUUGAAAACAGUAGGCGGGGCACCACGACUACCACGGCGACAGGUAUCCAAUGAUUUGUUCACGUUCUCGCCAGUCGCAUCCAACGAAGAAGAUGAAGAGGAUUCGGGCUCUGACUCGGAUGACCCGGAAAAACACAGAAAGGCGAUGGGAUACAGUAUGAACAGCAAUCGGGGACUGGGACGACACAAGGCCCAAGGCCGUCCAAGCAAGCUUCAAGCCAGAGUUCCACCCACACUACCCACUCGACGAGCCUCGAACGAAGGUCGAACGAGUCUAGUCAGUCGCGAUGCAAGAAUGUCCAAUGUUUCAGCCUUGUCAGAUUUGUCGGAUCCGUCCAUGAUUUCUGGGUUGAAUAGCAUUGACAGCUUGUUUCUCCAAGAGUCGGAACGCGAUUUGGGAAUCACGGGAAGCGUCAUCGGGGGGAGCAAAACGUCGUCCGCUGGUGCUUUCAAAAGUCUGGAUACCAUUCAGUCGGAAGAGUUUGUAUUGGAUCGUCACCUGUCGAUUGGUACGACAGAACGAUUGGAUCAGAGCACGCCCGUGUCGGGAAAUCAUCGAAAGUCCUCGAAAGCAAAAGAAAAUGUCAUAGCUGGGGAAGAAAUAUCCUUUAUCGCAUCCGUUAUGGAAGAACCGCCACCAGCAGCCUUACCUAUGCGAGAAAAAUCCAUGCGGGAACUGAACGGAGGCAAUGAACAAAUACAACAACAACAACAAGAAGAAGACAUUAAGCUUGAGGGCAGUCAAGAUAUUGAAUUUGAUGCCAGCCAGGAUAUCAGGUUUGAUGCCAGUCAAGACAUUCGUUUCGAUGCCAGCGAUCCUUCUUUGCAUGUUGACGAGCGUUUCUUUCGGCGGUCAUCCAUUGCCCAAAUGGAGUUUUCUGAUAAAGACAAGCUUUUGCAAGAAGCCAGCAAGGCAUUUUCGACGCCGCAAUAUGUUCCCAAGAAACUUCGAGCCCAAGAUUUCCGAAGAAUGUCCGGCAAAUCCAAACCAAAGUCCAUCGGUCUGGAGACCUCGGAAGACUUGGGAAGGAGUCAACGGUCCAUGCAAUCGCCACCAACAAGGCAACCGCUUACGGAUGACAUGCGGCCUGCCAGUGCCGACGAUGUUUUGUUGAAGAGCCCUCCAAAGAAUAAUCUCAAGCCACCUCCACCAGGAUCGCAAGUGCCAAUGCCACUGGGAUCCUUUACCACACCGCCACCAUCAGCAAAGAAACCCAUGAAAUUGGGAGACUUUUUGGAGAAACACAAUAGCAGCGACAGUGACAACGACCCUGAAUUGGAACAGUUUGGUGAUUUGCCAGUGAAUUCUGGCUUCCUUCGCCUUGACGGAGGAAGCUCUUCUCCCGUGAGCUGUGUCACCAUGUUGACUACUGAACCUACCAGCAUGAUGGGAGGAUCUGCUGACGACGACGAGGAGCUGGAACCAAAUAUUGGCUUGAGCGCCGGUGGGCAGCAACGACUUUUGCCCAUGGAAGAAGGAUUUCAUUCGGAUGAAGAAUCGUCAUCAGAAGAAGAAUCAUCAUCGUCUGAAGAGGACGUGGUGGCGAGAAUAGAGGACACGAGGGAAACGAUUGAUGUAGUCGAUCAAAUAGUGAACGACAGGUACGGUGAUUCGGGACUGUACACAGGGAGAGUAACGGCGGAUUCAAGAAUUCCACAUGGACGUGGAGUGAUGAUGUACGAGAAUGAAAGAGAGUACAAUGGUGAUUGGAGAGAUGGUCGAUGGCACGGCCAAGGAGAAUGGGUCAAUCCAAAUGGAGACCGAUACAAUGGUACCUUUGUUUUCGAUUCACGACAUGGGGAGGGAACCUACUCCUGGAGAAAUGGAAAUACAUACAAGGGCGAAUUCUUUGAAGAUAAGCGUCAAGGAAAGGGAUUCUUCACCUUUGCCAAUGGCAAUGUGUACGAAGGAGAAUUUAUCAAUGGUGUAUUCGAAGGUGAAGGAAAGUAUACCUUUGGUAAUGGUUUCUACCGAGGCAGCUGGAAAGGUGGCAAAUACCAUGGUGUUGGCUUUUUACAAUUCCACGAUGGGUCCUCCUAUAGUGGUACCUUUGUCGAGGGUGUUGCCCAUGGCGAAGGAAAAGAAGUGUCGUCCGACGGAGCGAUCACAACUGGCUUAUGGCAUCAAGGUGUUGCUCCCGAAAAAUUGCUAAAUGAAUGA